CAUAAACACUGAAAUCUGUCCUGAGGUUGUGAUUGGAUUGGAUCAUAUCCGGCCACCAGGAACAAGUGGAAGGUAGAGAGAGAGAGAGAGAGUGAGAGAGAGAAGGGUGGGGGAUCUGAGAAAUGGGCAUGCAAUUAAGGACUAGCUGCUGUCAUAUUCAUCAAAAUAGUUCAUUGAUACCGCCAUCGUUGCGUUCAAUUUCUCCAGCAAUUUCAUCGCUAAUCAACACCCAUUUCGUUCGAAACAAAGCACUUGUUUUAGAAAGGCGUCUUGGUUUCAAUCAAACUGAUGGGAGAAGUAUAAUUAGCAGCAAAGGAAGAAGAAGAAGAGCAGAACAUGGGGUGGUGGCAUCAUCAAGCAACGUGGCCGCACCGGCACCAUUCUGGGACGAUUGGAAACCUGGGAAGCGCCCUGCGGCUCCUUCCCUCAGCGAUGUCCUCUGGCCUUCUGCAGGGGCAUUCGCAGCAAUGGCGAUAUUGGGGAAGUUGGAUCAGGUUUUGGCCCCAAAAGGGAUUUCAAUGACAAUUGCACCUUUGGGGGCUGUUUCUGCCGUUCUCCUCGCCACUCCCUCCUCUCCCGCUGCCCGGAAGUACAAUAUGUUCAUGGCUCAAAUUGGCUGUGCCGCCAUUGGUGUUCUGGCAUUCUCUAUGUUUGGGCCUGGAUGGCUUGCUAGGAGCAUUGCCCUGGCCGCUUCCAUUGCCUUCAUGAUCUACACGGGUGCCACUCACCCACCAGCUGCAAGCUUGCCUAUUCUGUUCAUUGAUGGAGCUAAGUUGCACCACUUGAAUUUUUGGUUUGCUUUGUUCCCUAGCGCUACUGGAUGCUUCCUUCUUUGUUUGAUUCAAGAGAUGGUGUUAUACUUGAAGAACAACUUCAAAUUUUGAUCUGUAAAUAAUUUCAUAGCAUAUUGUCCACAUUCUUGUUCCAAAGAGUGGCCUCCUAGAGAGGAAAAUGGAAGCUUGGGCAGGCAUCAAUUUACACAAAAUGAUGUUAUAUGAUUGUAUAGAGGUUGCAACCUUUAUCUUUAAGAAGGCUGCGAUUAAGAUCACUGGGGGAUUUAAGUCCUCCAUGGGGGAUGAUAUGACAAACACACUUACACAUGAAUCUCUGGUGAAUUUUUGUGUAUGCAUAUUAAAAUUGUGUCUGUGGCUUUUUUUUAUGUCAGAUUCUGCUGGGGUUCCACGCCAUUAAUACUUUUAUGGGCUAUACAGAGCACUUGUGAGAUGAAUUAAGCUAAACUCUAAAGCCCGAUUAAGGAUCUUGAAGUUGCUUA